AAAAAACUCCCCUUUAAAUCAACAAACAGAAAGUACCCCUCCAUUUGCUCAGGAGACUGCUGGCCCCAUCAUUUCAGCACCCCUCGGGACGUGUUAUCUCCCAAUUUGGAAAACACUGGUUUGGGGAAGUCCCUCUGGCAUGGACAGCUCCAGUCUACAAGAGCUCCAGCAGCCUCUGCUGGUGGAUGCUGGCAGCUGCGAAUUCCCCAUCUGGAAGCCUGGUGAGAUGGAGCUGGGCCAGGAGGCAAUCUUUGAGUCACUGAGGGCCUGGCCGUGCCUACCACCACUUCCCUCCGUGAGCGCUGGCCUGGGGGAGCCAAGGGCCCCUGACCUUGAGGACACAUCCUCCAGCGACAGUGACUCGGACUGGGACGAGGGUGACCUUGUGACCCCACUCGAGCCCCACGACCACGUUGGCCUGGCUGUCUUCUCCAUGCUGUGCUGUUUCUGGCCCGUGGGCAUCACUGCCUUCUGCCUGGCCCAGAAGACCAACAAGGCCUGGGCUCAGGGGGAUUUCCAGGGGGCCGGGGCUGCCUCCCGCCGCGCCUUCCUGCUGGGGGUCCUGGCUGUCGGGCUGGGGGUGUGCACCUAUGCCGCGGCCCUGGUGACCCUGGCGGCCUACCUGGCCUUCCGGGCCCCGCCCUAGUCACCCCCGAGGCCCUGUGAACCCAGAGGCUGAGGCCUCGCCAAGCUGAGUGGAUGAGGCGGCAAAGCAGCUUCCAGAACCAUCCGGAACCCAGAGCACCCGGACCCCCUCCUCUUCCUGGCAGCCACGCAAGAUUAAACUCCAGAUGCAUUUACAGUUGGA